AUGUCAAAGCUGAAUUUGGAUGAACAAGCAGCUGGACAGAAAAGAAUGCUACAGCUAAAUGAACUGGAAGAAUUCAGAAUGAAUGCAUAUGAAAAUGCCAAACUUUACAAGGAAAAUAUGAAGAAAUGGCAUGAUAAUAAGAUCCUUCCAAGAGUAUUUGAGCAAGGUCAGCAAGUCCUUCUAUUUAACUCAAGGCUCAAGCUCUUUCCAGGCAAGCUUAAAUCAAUAUGGACAGGACCUUUUAAGGUUUCACAUGUGUAUCCCCAUGGAGCUAUUGAAAUUACGAAUGAAAAAGAUGGGAGCACGUUUAAGGUUAAUGGACAAAGGCUGAAGCACUAUUGGGGAGAUCAAAUUGCAAAGGAGACAACUAUUAUCUCCUUGACUGAGCCGAGUUGA